AUGAUAUCACUUCUUUACGCCAUCGGCGGACUCUUUCUGGCAUAUAUUGGCCUGAGUACACUGCAGCUAAUUUACAACUACAAGAAAGCCAAAGCUAUUGGUCUUCCCGUUCUCGUCACGCCAAUCGACCCCUCUAAUGUCCCAUAUUUGCUUAGCAGCAGCCUUUUGGAGCCUCUACUAAGAAAAAUUCUGCCAUUUGGGCUUGGAAAUUUUGUUGAAUACAACCGUCGAGACUGGAAUUAUGAACAGAUCCAUGAUCUUCAAGAACGAAUUGGCGAUACGUUCAUCAUCGUCAGUCCUAAGCAGAUCCGCGUGUUCACGGGCAAUGCAAAGGCUUCUGACGAUCUCUGUCGCCGUCGCAGGGACUUUGUGAAAGCAGUGGCGCUCUACAAGCCACUAGAGAUCUUUGGCCGCAAUGUCGUGACGACUGAAGGAGACGACUGGGUCCGACAUCGAAGGAUCACGACGCCGCCCUUCAAUGAGAGGAACACCGCGCUUGUUUGGGAUGAAUCCAAGAGGCAGGCUACCGACAUGCUUAGGAUGUGGGCAUCAAACCCGAAAGGCGUCGUGAACCCUCAGAGCGACACCAUAGUUCUCGCUCUCCAUGUCCUCACUGCUGCUGGGUUCGGCAGAAGCUACACCUUCGGCUGCGGUUUGGAGAGCGCAUUGGAGAAUCACAGCCUCACGUAUCGGGAUUCCCUCAGUCGGUUCAAACAAGUUCAAGAUGCAGUCGUCAACUUUCGACAGUACAUGGCUGAGAUGGUCGCCGAAGAGCGCGAGGCCAUGGAUGCUGGGCAAGAAGAAAAGGACAACCUCAUGAGUAUUCUUGUACGAGCAUCUGAGAACCAGCACACAGAGGGCAAAGGGACUCGUCAUUUGACAGACUCCGAGAUUUACGGCAAUUUGUUCAGCUAUAACCUGGCCGGUCACGAAACAACAUCCAACACUCUUGCUUACGCGACAAUCCUCCUCGCAGCGAAUCCCAAAUGGCAGAAAUGGGCAGCAGAAGAGGUCGAUCAAGUCACAACCGGAGUCGACUUGAAGGACCUUGACUACGAAACAUAUUAUCCCCAACUGAAGCGCGUUCUCGCAAUUAUGUCAACGGCACAUCAUACACGAUCCCCAAAAAACAUCUUUGUCGGCGUCAAUCUAGCAGGCCUGCACACAUCCUCCGCCUCAUGGGGCGACAACGCGCUCCAGUGGCUCCCCAGCCGCUGGAUCACCGCCGACGAAAAGCUCGCUCCCAUGCCCACGGGGGCCUUUCUCCCCUGGGCUGCAGGUCCACGAGUCUGCCCCGGCAAGAAAUUCUCGCAGGUAGAAUUCGUAGCCGUCAUGUCGUGCCUCCUCAAGGACUACAUCGUGGAGCCUGAUGCAGAAAGCGACCUCAAGGAGGCGGCGUCAAGGGCCCUCAUGAAAGAGGCGAAGCAGUCUAGUUUCAAUUUCCUGCUCAAGGUGAAGCACCCUGAGAAGAUCAAGCUGCGGUGUGUGCGCAGAGUCUAG